AUGUCGCAACGUAGAAAAUCAAUAACAAGGGAACAAAACAGAGCCAUUGACAUUGAUAGCGAAAACAGAAACGUUAUUAAUGAAAAUAAUUAUAGUCAAGUCUCCAUAACACAUAUUCCAACACCUGGUUAUUUUAACGAUCUUUCGUAUAUUGCUCCGUCUGCACCGCCGUCUCCAAGUAUUUAUAACUCUUUUCGUCAUUAUACGUAUACUGGCGCUCCACAUUCGAGAAAUUCUAUUAGGCGAACCCAGAAAGGAAAGGCGGCAAAUGGAUCUACCACUCAAAUCAAUUAUUUGAGAGAUGAUUCUAACGCAAGCACUCCAGUCAAGCUGAAAAAUGAAUUAACUAUUGAAAAAUUCGAAUCGAUCGAACAACAAGCACAAGCAGAAAAUGAAGCGUCAGCUCGACAAUAUUUGUCCACUGAACCGUCGGAAGACGACAAUGAAAAUCAGGAGUAUGAGGGAGUUUCCCAGUAUGAUAUUAUUUUUGAUCCUAUUGAUCAAAUUCGCAUUAAAGAAGAUGAAAUGCGGUCACCGCUUCAGCGUAAGCUUUAUUAUUUCUUUGAAGUUCCGAGUUCUACAUCCGCGAGAAUAUAUGCGUUCUUUUCGGCGCUAUGCGUUUUGGUGACAAUAAUUAUCAUUUGUGUGGAAUCUUUGCCAACUUUCUAUGAAAAUGAAUGGCAAUAUUAUCGUAGGAUAUGGCUUCCAGUUAAUCUUAUUGUCGUAUUGGUGUUUACUGUUGAAUACAUUGGAAGAUUUUAUGCUUCUAUUGAUCGGAUUAAAUUCAUGAGGCAAAUAUGGAAUGUCUUCGAUUUAGUUACAAUUAUCCCCUUCUACUGUGAAUUGUUGCUCCCACUUACUAGUGAGUCGGUGAUUCGUUACCUUCGAAUUUUUCGAUUAUUUAGGAUCCUUAAAAUUUUACAGUGGGCCAGAUACACAGCUGGCUUCCAUAUUAUCAUCCGAGUUUUCAGACGAUCAUUGAGACAAAUCGCGUUAGUAUCAAUAUGGGUUUUCGUGAUAAUUCUUACUUCGUCAGCACUUAUGUAUUACUUGGAGCGUGGUACUUACAAUGAGAAAGAUAAUACAUGGUACAGAACGGAUCCUGAUGGGGUAUUAGAAGUGAGUCCCUUCCAAUCAAUAAUUCACAGUUUCUGGUGGUCAGUAGUUACCAUCACGACAACCGGUUAUGGGGACACUGUUCCAUAUUCGGCCUGGGGUAGAGUCGUGGCGGGAGUCACAAUGUUGUGUGGUGUUUUAGUGAUUGCUAUUCCCACUUCAAUUAUCGGCUCGAAUUUCGUAACCGAGUGGGCAUUGCAUCGGCGUAUUGAAUUUCAAAUGAGACUUCGCCGAAGCAGAGAAAGAGCUUUCGCCAAGAAAAAAUUUCAGGAGGAAACAAAGCGUAUUAACAAGAAUCUCGAGAAUUUCAAUAACCUUGUUCGAGCACGCAAAAUAAGGAAAGGCAACACUAUUGAUGCUACACAGAUGGAUAGUUCUUCUCAUGGAACAGAAGAUCUAUCAGAGUUUAAUGAGCUGACCCAGAGUUCAUUUAAAAAAUUGAUAAAUCUUAAGCCUUUAAAAUUUAAAAAACAUGCGACGACCGAUGAAAUAAUUCAGGAUACUGAAGAGGUAAAGAAUAAUGGAAUUGGUUCUUUAACGAAAAAAGCAGUGAAGAAAAUUCGUCGGACACUUUUAUCUGGAAAAAAGGAUAAUGAUUCUUCAUCCCAAGCAAUAUCUCAAGAAAUUAUAAGUUCUCCCGUUGACGUUUAUCUGAAUGAAAAUCCACCGGUGCAAGAUGAUAACGUUUCAGAAUUGAACCUAAGUGAAGGUGAAAUGACAAACAUCCAUUUAGAAACUUCAUCCGAUUACGAGGAUAAUCAUCAAAGUAUCAUGACAUUCCCUGGAACUACCAAAGAAUUAAAACUUGCAACCUUGGCUGCUGGGAAAGUUUCUGGUCACCCACAAAAAUUGGUUCGAAAAAAGAUGAGUCACUUGACAAAACUGUUCGAAAAGGAAUCCAAGAAUAAAAGCGAUUUGGACCCUGGAGAUCAAAAUGCUAUGACACCGGAUUUGGAGAAGGGUUUAGGCGGAAUUCGUACACCUAUUGCAACUGAAACAGUUACGCCAACAAGACUUUCACCGUCAAUUACACCAACAAGACUUUCACCAUCAAUUACACCAACAAGACUUUCACCGUCAAUUGUACCAACACCAACAAGACUUUCACCGCCACGAUUAACACUUAUAGCUCAGGUGAAUGUUGAUGAUACUAAAAACGAAAAUAACGUCGAAGUGCUGGUGGAAAGUCCAUCUUCAGAAGAAAAUAUUGAGAAAAUUCAAAACGAUUCGGAUUUUGUUGUGAAUUUCGAAAAUUCAGAAUUACCUCCAGAUCCACAAAGUAACGUUAAUAAUGGCGGCUCAACUCCUAUUCAUGCUUUGGCGCCGGAUGAAGAUUUAGAGAAUACGCAAAUUUCAUCAGGAGAAAAGCAAGUCCAACUCGAAAUUUGA